UGCCGCCUGUGCAGUGUUGAACCGCUCAGCCCCCAUAGCAUGAGGCCCGACAAGGUGACGACGGGACAGCCUAGCCACUGACCGCCCAUGUGCUAGCCUCUGCGUGCCGGGCUAUAUAUUGUUGCACCUUUGCUCGUGUUGCUGUAGUGUUACAUCGACACCUGUGGGAUUGCUGCUGAUAUUCGCUGAUUGUGUGUGUUUCAUUGCCUCCCUGCUCGUACGCAAAGCAGCAGCUUCAGCGAGUGUGAGGAGAAGCCGCCGACCUUCCAGAGGCUAAGCGAAAGCAUGGGUGACGGCCGUGAGCAGGUGUCCGUUCAAGACAGGGAGCAGCAGCAGCAGCAGCAGGGGUCACGUGACAACACAGAGAAUGACGAGCCCCCCACCACCCCCCCGCCCCCGCCGCCGCAGUCCUCAGGGGUGGCGGGAGGCGGCGGCGGAUGUCCCCAGGAGAACCAGCACGCCGGGAAGGAGCUGCUCAACGCGGCGGUGCCUCUUCCCAUCGAGAUGGUGUUCAACCUCCUCUUCCAGCAGGAACAGUUCAUGCUAGACGUCUACACCAUGAAGAAGACGUAUGACGUGAUAUUCAGUCAGUGGGAGGAGCAGGAUGGGGGUCACCGCGCCCGCCAGACUACCUACACCAUGACCCUCCCGUCCUCCAACCUCGGCCCCAAGGUGUCCUACGUCACUGAGAAGCAGGUCAUCUUGUCCAACUCAAAGCCUGGGGAGGCGUACGUAGUAGAGCUCGAGGCGUCCAACACUGGCAUCCCGUACGCCGACGCCUUCGUGGUGGCCAGCCACUACUGCCUCUCCAAGGAGGAGGACAACAAGACGCGCGUCAAGGUCUGGGUCUCCAUCAAGUACAAGAAGGCGCUGUGGGGCUUGGUCAAGACUAUGAUCGAAAAGAACACGUACAGCGGCGUGGAAGGGCUGCUGGCCGAGAUGAUGACGCAGCUGGGGACGGAGGCGGAUCGCUUGGCUGCCCCGAGGGCCAACCGCAAGAAGAGGAGAUUGCUGACGGACAGGACCACCAAGGACAUGGCGACGCCCUCCCAUGCACGCGGCAAGAAGGCUGACAAGGGCGAGGGCGGCAGCAGUCUGGCGGUGGUGGCGGUGGUGGUGUCGCUGCUGGUUCUGGCGGCGGGCAACGUGGUGCUUUAUCUCAAGUUGUCGCAACUCGAGCAGAUGUCCCCUUCUGCAGAUCCCUCUACUCCCGGCAACAGGUACCUCAGCGUGACGGGAUCGUGGGAGGCAGUGGCGAAGGUGCUGCAUCGUCAACAGGAGAUGCAUCAGAACCAGCUGGAGGUGUGGAAGAGGCGGCUGCAGCAGACGGCCGCGCUGCUCCAGGAGUCAUAUUUUCAGGUGCAAGACUCCCUGGAGGGCAUCGUGAAGAGCAUCCCAGAGCACGAGGAGGACUUGAGGAAGGUCCUGGAGCAACAGAGUGCGGAUGUGCUGGCGGGUUGGCUGCAGGCAGAGGACGCCCUGAAGAAGCUGCAGAGCGAGAGUUUUUUAACUAACAUAGCUCGGGACACAGAAGCACGCCCUACCGAGAGUGCGAACGAGACUUGACGCUUGGGAGGCAACGUUUAUCAUCCAUCGGUGACGUAACAAAGUGGUGCUAUAAAGAACAUGAAGAAGAAAAGGGAAAUGGAGAGAGGGAGGCAGAGGGGAGGAGGAAAAUAUAUACUGUAUGAACUCUUUACACAGUUUAAUAUAACAACAAAGCUAUUUAUUUAUUUCAAUUGUUGAGUUAUAUGUAAAUAAAUUAUAUCCAUUCGAUAACUGACGGUGAUAAAUUGAUGCUUUCCUCUCGGAGUCUCCCACAUACACUAUUACCCAAUGUUUUGAUUUGUUGAUGUUAACAGUGCAUACAUGAUUAUAAUAUCGACGGCAUUGUAUGAUUAUCUGCCUCUCUAGACCUAAACGAUAUAUCUACGUUUACAUACUCGUUUGUCUAUCAUACGAGUCGAAUGCAUUUGUUUGUGCCAUCGACCCAUCAGUCUCUCAUGCCACCUUCAGGCUUUCACGUGGUCUGCCCCAGUCUGAUGAUGGCGCUGGUGUGUAUUCGUAUAUUAUAGAGAUACCGACAUCUACACCUAUCUAUCUAUCUUUCUAUCUGUCCGUCUGUCUGUUUCUAUCUAUCUAUCUAUCCAUCCAUCUAUCUACGUCUAUUUGUUUCUCAUUUUUUUUAAUAUAUUUACUAUCUAGCUAACCGUACCUAUCCAUUUUCAUGUGUGUGCGUGUGUGUGUGUGUGUGUGUGUGUGUGUGACAUUACAUGCGAGGUUGUAAAAUGGGUGCUUUUUAAUAAUUCUCUCUCUCUCUCUCUCUCUCUCUCUCUCUCUCUCUCUCUCUCUCGCGUGGAUAGGGGUAGGGGGGUCGUGGGGGCUGCAGGCGGGCGGGUCCUCACACCUCUCUCAGUCCUCGGGGUUCAGCGUGCACGACCAUCGGAACUCCUGCCCCCACUCGUGCAGCCACAAGUUAGCGACUGCAAGAGGCGAGAGUUUGUCUGCACGGGGCAGGCGGCGUGGACGGUGCGGUAGUCUCCCCGUCCGUUGCGUUUCAGGUUGAACCAAAACAGUGCCGAGCCGCGCCGGGCAGCAACCUCCACACCGACCGUCGGGAACACCGUUGACCCGCCAGCCUCCACGUCGUUCAG